AUGUCGUCAAGUCAAUUACUUCCCCGAAUGAAACGCGAACUUGAAAUCUUGGAACGCGACAUACCACCUGGCAUUGUUUGUUAUCCUAUAGACGAUAGUUUUAUGCGAUUUUGUGCUCAAAUUAAAGGACCAAAAGACACGCCUUAUGAAGAGGGAACCUUUAAAGUAGAUGUGCAAAUACCUGCACGAUAUCCCUUGGAGCCACCAAAAAUGCAAUUUAUCACCCCAAUAUAUCAUCCAAAUAUUGAUGAUGCUGGAAGAAUAUGUCUUGAUUUAUUAAAGAUGCCACCUAAUGGAUCAUGGAAACCCUCUUUAAAUAUUUCUACUACGUUAACUUCUUUAAGUCUUUUGAUGGCAGAACCCAACCCAGAUGAUCCUCUCGUUGUAGAAAUUGCCAGUGAAUAUAAGGAACUUCGAUCUUUGUUUCUUCAUAAAGCAAGAGAGGCUACUUUAAAGUACGCUGUGGAAAGUAAGGAAUCUCAUUAUUCAAAGAAUAUUGAAAAAUCCGAAAUUUCCAAAUCUACAGAAAAUCUUACUACUGAAACAUACGAACAGAACGAUUUGCAAGAAAAAUCCAUGUUCAAGAAUGAAGAUAUAAAUUCUGCGUCCAAGAAUGAAGACAUAAAGCCCACGUCCAAGAAUGAAAUGUCAAAGAAUGAAGAGUUAGUUGAAACGAAAGCAGAUAUACCUGAGAUUAGUAGAUUGACAGUUAAUGACUCGCAACAGCAAAAUCCUAAACCAUUCAGUACUCAAAAUCGUAAGAGAAGAUUCCUUCUACGCCCUAAAUCCAAGGGCACUAAGAAAAUUUCGAAAGAUCCGACAAGUAACUUUAAACCGAUUGAUAAAAGGAAACCUUUUGGUGAUCUUUCUAAUCAAAACAUUAAUAAAUCUACUACUACUACAAGUCUUUCUUCUUCAUCAGAAACUAAAAAACAAUUUGAAGAAAAAAAUAUUGUUGAACAAAGGAAACCUUUUGGUGAUCUUUCCAACCAAAGCAUUAUUAAUAAUAAUAAUCUUUUAUCAGAAAUAAAUGAACCAUUAAGUGAAAAUCAAACUACUGAACAAAAGAAAAUUCUCGAUGAUCUCACAAAUCAAAAUAAAAGCGAUAUAUCCAUGAAUCAAGGAUUAGAAAGAUUAGAAACGAAAUUAGCUUUGAAUAUAAUCAAAUCGCAAAUUGGAAUAAGGGAACCUUUUGAAGAUAUUACUCAACAUAUUCACAAUACGACAAAUACCAUUCACACAACUCCUCCAACGCAUACAAAUUUAAGCGUUAAAAUACGAAAACCUCCGACUACAACCAUGCCAAUAGGUCCCCCGUUGGGGACAAAACCGAAAUUAUUAAGACAUAGUUGA